GCUGAGAGGGGCAUUUGUUUGGAGGUAGGGCCGGUCACCUAGGAUGGGCAGGAUGGGAGAAGCUAAUACACAAAAGGCCACUUCCGGCUCAAGUUUCCUUACCAAGUUUCUUUCAGUUGAACUUUUGGGGGUCUAGGGUGCGUGUGUGUGUGUGUGUGUGUGUGUGUGUGUGUGUGUGUAUGUUUCUGGAGGAAGUGAGCGUCCCCACUUUUGUCUGUGACUAUCUUUCUCCACAUCUGUGCUGGUGUUUGCAGCGGGGAAGGCAGGCCCAGCUGGAGGCUGCAGGGGAUCCACCGUCCCACCGGGACGUCCUGAGCCUCCGCCACAACACAGGCUCGGUGGAGACAAAGGGACGGGCGAGGGGCGGUACGCAGGGCCAGCGGGGCGUGGGCCCGGUGGCCCGGGGCGCGGAGCGGGUGGGAGCCGGGGCGGAGACCCGCCACCGGCCCGGCCUCCGGGCUCCGCUCAGUCUUUGACCCUCGGUCCCCCGCCCCCCGCCGGAUGAGCCACUGGAACCGCUGCCACGGCCGCUGCUCGAUCCUUGUCUGCCCGUACCGAGCGCAGCACCGCGGCACCCGAGGCAUGGCUGUGUCCUGGAGAAGUUGGCUGGCCAACGAAGGGGUUAAACACCUCUGCCUGGUCAUCUGGUUAUCCUUGAAUGUCCUGCUUUUCUGGAAAACUUUCGUGCUGUACAAUCAGGGGCCGGAAUACUACUACAUCCACCGGAUGCUGGGCUUAGCAUUGUGUCUAAGCAGAGCUUCUGCCUCUGUCUUGAACUUCAACUGCGGCCUCAUCCUUUUACCCAUGUGCCGGACACUCCUGGCUUAUCUUCGAGGAUCACAGAAGGUUCCAAGCAGGAGAACAAGAAGAUUAUUAGACAAAAGCAGGACAUUCCACAUAACCUGUGGGGUUACUAUCUGUAUUUUCUCAGGUGUGCAUGUGGCUGCCCAUUUGGUGAAUGCUCUCAACUUCUCAGUCAACUACAGUGAAGAUUUCAUUGAAUUGAAUGCAGCAAGAUACCAAAAUGAGGACCCUAGAAAACUUCUCUUCACAACUGUUCCUGGACUAACUGGCGUCUGCAUGGUGUUGGUGCUCUUUCUCAUGGUUACAGCUUCUACCUAUGCGAUAAGAGUAUCUAAUUAUGACAUCUUCUGGUAUACUCACAACCUCUUCUUUGUCUUCUACAUGCUACUGCUGUUGCAUGUUUCAGGAGGGCUGUUGAAGUAUCAGACUAAUGUACAAACUCAUCCUCCUGGCUGCAUCAAUAGCAGUCGAACCCAGUCUCAGGAUAUUUUCUUACCGGAAUACCUCUCAGAAAAUUUUCAUGGACCUUUGCCUGAAGGAUUUUCAAAACCAGAAGAACGUAACCAGAAAACAUUUGUGAAGAUAUGUCUGGAAGAGCCCAGGUUCCAAGCUCAUUUUCCACAGACAUGGCUUUGGAUUUCUGGACCUUUGUGCCUGUACUGUGCCGAGAGACUUUAUCGAUGUAUCCGGAGCAACAAGCCUGUCACCAUCAUCUCAGUCAUCAGUCAUCCUUCAGACGUCAUGGAAAUUCGAAUGGUCAAAGAAAAUUUUAAAGCUAGACCUGGUCAGUGUCCUACUGAAACCAAAGCAACAUUUGGGGUCCAUCUUAAAGUAGUAGGAGACUGGACAGAACGAUUACGAGAUUUACUACUGCCUCCAUCUAACCAAGACUCUGAGAUUCUGCCAUUCAUUCGAUCUAGAAGUUACCCCAAAUUGUACAUUGAUGGACCAUUUGGAAGUCCAUUUGAGGAGUCGCUGAACUAUGAAGUUAGCCUCUGCAUUGCUGGGGGCAUUGGGGUCACUCCGUUUGCCUCAAUACUCAAUACCCUGCUGGAUGGCUGGAAACCAUAUAAGCUCAGAAGGCUGUACUUUAUCUGGGUCUGCAGAGACAUCCAGUCUUUCCAGUGGUUUGCAGACCUGCUUUGUAUGUUGCAUAACAAGCUUUGGCAAGAAAACAGACCUGACUACGUCAACAUCCAGCUGUACCUCAGUCAAACAGAUGGGAUACAGACGAUAAUUGGAGAAAAAUAUAACACACUGAAUUCAAGACUUUUUAUUGGACGUCCUCGAUGGAAGCUUUUGUUUGAUGAAAUAGCAAAAUGUAACAGAGGGAAAACAGUUGGUGUUUUCUGCUGUGGGCCCAGUUCAAUUUCCAAGACGCUUCAUAGUUUGAGUAACCAGAGCAACUCAUAUGGCACAAAAUUUGAAUACAAUAAAGAAUCUUUCAGCUGAAACCUUUUGACACAAUCAUUUUGAGGACUCUAAAGAAGAAAUGAGUGCAAUUUCAAAGACUUGGAAACUCAGCUAAAUCAAUCAGCUGUGUUAUGCCAAAGAAUAUCAAAGUUUUCUUAUUUAUAAUUAUUUAAAAAUGAGAAUUCAGAGAUUGUGACAAAAUGACAGGUCACAUUACAUGUUUAAUCUGGAAAUCAAAGAGACCCUGAAGAAUGAUGUGGGGAUUCACAUUUUGAUGGGCAAAUUAAAAGAAUGUUGUUAGAUAAACACUGUUGAUUUUUAUGGCAAAUUCAAGAACUCUCCAGUGAGGAUCUACUCUCAUUCUGAAGUUGAUAACUGCAGUCCUCUAGAAAUUGUUUUUGGUUGAACAAAUUCAAGAUUGAACUAAAUUAAAAAUUCAUUGAAACUCAGACUACAUUUUCUACAUUGUAUAUUAGUGGUGUAGUUUAAUUUGGAAAAGCUCCAGGCAAACAUAUUCAGUGUUUGAAAAUGCAGCACAAAACUUGUAUCAAUACGGGUACUUCCUGUCCAUAGCUAAUCUCAUUCACUACUGAUGCUAAUGCCGCUAUGGAUAGUCUGUAUGUUUUCCUAGCCUUUCACCUAUGUUGAUGUAGUAUCUAUUUUAUAUUUUUCCCUUAUCUUCUAUCUAGGGAAAUUUGUGUUCCAAUAACAGACAUUACACAUAAUGAUUUAAUAGGUCUGUUUUAUCUCCAAUUUGCUUAGUCUGGUAUUACUGCGUAGUAAUGAAAAGAGUCAUUACUGAACACUAUAGAGGGACACAAACACACACAUGUGUUUGUAUAUGUGUGAAACUUUUUCUCUUUUUAAUAAUUUUGGAUUCACUAUUAUUAUACUUUUUCAAACUCAUAUAUUAUGUCUUAAUUUUGACUUGUUAAAGUAUUGUGUUCAAUUUGUACUUUGAGAUGAAAGAGCAUUGUAGCUGGCAGUAGAUGCUGAAAUACAAGCUCUCUUUCCUGGGCCUCACUUUGGUUUCAGAUAAAGAUGCUACAAGUCACACUCCUGAAGAGGAAUCUUCUGUUUUGCUUUCUGCAAAAGUAGAACUACUUCACUAUUUAUGAAAAUUUAAGUUUGCAAUCACUAGUACUGUUUUGCACUGCUUGGUAUCAUGCUGAAUUUUAGAUUUAAAAGUCUGUUGUUGUGAGCCACUCAGUUCAUAAUACUCCUGGCUCAGAAGAAAAACACCCUUUACUACCUUAGUAAUUAAGGUAUUCGCAGUUUAUCCACUUCAUUUGGUAGUUUCUUUAAUGCAUCAAAUAUAACACAUUACUGAAAUCUGCCACCCAUCUUGCCUUGCUUUUCUUAAUCUUUUACAUAUAAUAUAAUUAAGGUGAAUUCUUCUUACUUGUGGUGUAACUCACUUUUAGCCAGCAAGCAUGUUAAAUCAUUUGGCACCGAAUGACCGAAUGUAUACACACACCGAAUGUGUGUAUACAUUUACACAUGUUCCUUGGAAUUCUUUCAUAUCUUCUGUAGAAAGAAAGGUGACUUACAAAAGGUGUUGGGUGAUGUGCAAUGUUCAUAGUCGUGGAACCCUGGAUAUAACUUUAACAGCAAACCAGUACAUUUAGGCAGCACUGUCUAGAUUAGGAAGGAUUUUCAGGAAAACAUAUAACAGAAAGAACUAGUUAAAAGAAACUUGAGUGUAUCCAGGCUUGAUGUGCAAUACUGACUCUGUGUUGAUUAUAAUUUAUUCAUGUGAUUAUAUUAAUGAAUCUGAUUUCAAUAAUACAGGCUGAGUAUUUUUCUAAAGAAAGUUGAUAAUUCAGAGAUAUCCUGGAUGAACCGCCUUAUCUAAUCUGAAUUCCAGUGCAUGUUCAAACAUCUACAUGUUAAACAUGGCUUAUUUUUA